AUGAUAAGUGUAGCUACGCCGACCGGGCGCCUUUGCCUUUUGGCUAAAUCCCAAGCUACCAAACGAUUUGCGCUUCAAGCCUCCAAACGUAGAAGCGCCGAAAAUACACUACGCUCGAUCACAUCUCUCUCACAAUCCGGGCGAAGUUACAGUGGCAAUUCGUCGCCAAUAGGGAAGAUAGCUUCCUUUUAUGGGCAAAAAGAUUCCGAGGGCUGUUACACUGCCAGUUUAAUCGAGGGCGAUGGUAUUGGUCCUGAAAUAUCAAGAUCAGUUAUCGAUAUAUUCAAAGCCGCUAAGGCACCAAUUAAAUGGGAGCCGGUCGAUGUUACCCCACAACUGAAAGACGGCAAAACAACAAUACUACCCGAGACUAUCAAAAGCAUCGAAAAGAACAAAGUAGCAUUAAAAGGUCCAUUGGCGACACCCAUUGGCAAAGGACAUGUCUCUCUAAACUUAACCCUACGCCGAACGUUUAAUCUUUUCGCGAACGUCAGACCAUGCCGAUCUAUUGCUGGGUAUAAAACGCCAUACGACGGUGUUGAGACUGUGAUAAUUAGAGAGAAUACUGAGGGAGAAUAUUCUGGAAUUGAGCACGUUGUCGUAGACGGCGUUGUUCAGAGCAUAAAACUCAUCACCCGAGAAGCCAGCGAACGUGUUUUACGUUUUGCAUUUCUGUAUGCUCAGAAUAUUGGCAAGCCUAAAGUGCGCGUAGUUCACAAAGCCACUAUUAUGAAGAUGAGUGAUGGCUUAUUUUUGGCUACUGCAGAGCGGGUUUCAAAAGACUUUCCUGAUAUUGAGUUUGAUGCGGAGCUUCUGGAUAACACCUGCCUAAAAAUUGUCACUGAUCCAGUUCCAUACAACGACAAGGUUUUGGUAAUGCCUAAUCUCUAUGGUGACAUCUUGUCUGACAUGUGUUCUGGGCUCAUCGGUGGACUCGGUUUAACCCCCUCGGGAAAUAUUGGAGAUUCCUGCUCCAUUUUUGAAGCUGUUCAUGGAUCAGCUCCCGAUAUUGCUGGAAAAGGUCUUGCAAAUCCAACGGCUCUACUCCUCUCUUCUGUAAUGAUGUUAAGACACAUGCAACUCAAUGAACAUGCGUUGAAGAUUGAAAACGCUAUUUUCGAUACUCUCAAGGAAGGAAAAUCUUUAACGGGUGAUUUAGGUGGCAAAGCCAAAACGCAUGAGUUUGCAGAGGCCAUAAUGAAGCGUUUAUAG